CAAAGGAACCAAAAAGACACCAACAAAGCAUAUAGGAAAAGGAAAGCUCAUUUUGAAGCAAAGGAUAAAAAAAGGUCCUCACCCACAAAGGCGCAAAGGCGUGGCAGAAAAUAACCUACCCCAAGAGAUUUGAGUGAUCCUUCAUAAACAAGUCCAAUCCUUUUGGCUUUGCCUUCUCUUUCUUUUAUCAAUUGCCACCACCCUCCACCACCUCAAAGAGAUAAUAAAGAAGAAGAAUUGAGAGAGCUCUGAAAAGUCCAUCUAUGUAACAUAUCAAAAGAAGGCAGAGUUAAGAAAGGGCAGAGGGGGAGGAAGGAAAAGAUCGAGGAAUGUGUGGAAAAAAAGAAGAAGAUCAAGGAGAGUGUUCUCAAGCUAUCCAUAACAUACAAGGUUACCAAGAACAGUUACUUAUUCAACAACACCAACAGAUGCAACAGAACAAUGAUUUAUUUGGAGAAACUAGGGGAGGGUUGAUAUUCCCUGAAGUAUCACCUAUCCUACCAUGGUCUCUCCCUCCGGUUCACACUUUCAAUCCAGCCCACUUCACUGGAAACCCUGUUCGAGACCAUGACCCUUUUCUAGUCCCUCCUCCGCCAUCAUCAUAUGGGGGUUUAUUCAAUAGAAGAGCUCCUUCCCUACAGUAUGCAUAUGAUGGCCCAUCGGCUGAUCAGCUAAGGAUCUUGUCUGACACUCUCGGACCGGUGGUUCAACCUGGCUCAGCUCCUUUCGGGCUACAAGCUGAAUUGGGUAAGAUGACCGCUCAAGAAAUCAUGGAUGCUAAAGCUCUCGCUGCUUCUAAAAGUCACAGUGAAGCUGAAAGGAGAAGAAGAGAACGAAUCAACAACCAUCUCGCCAAGCUACGCAGCUUACUCCCAAGCACCACGAAGACGGACAAGGCUUCACUGCUUGCGGAAGUAAUCCAACAUGUGAAGGAGCUAAAGCGGCAAACUUCUUUGAUAGAAGAAACGAGUCCUGUACCCACCGAAAUCGAUGAACUAACGGUGGACACAUCGGAUGAAGAUGGUAAGUUUGUGAUCAAAGCUUCAAUUUGCUGUGAAGAUAGGUCCGAUCUUUUGCCUGACCUAAUAAAGACAUUGAAAGCAUUACGUCUAAAAACACUAAAAGCUGAGAUCACAACGCUUGGUGGGCGUGUAAAAAAUGUUCUGUUCAUUACCGGAGAGGAAGACUCAAGUAGUAGUGGUGAUCAGCAACAACAGCAGGAGCAAUAUUGUAUUAGUUCAAUACAAGAAGCAUUGAAAGCAGUGAUGGAGAAGACUUCUGCGGAUGAGUCUUCUUCAGGGAGUGUUAAGAGACAAAGAACCAACAUCAGUAUUCUUGAACACAGGUCUCUUUAACUUACAAAAGGCCUUUAAGUACUUUUUUUCUGGUAUUGAUGAUGAGGGUGUUCAUUUUUCUUUCCUUUUUUUUUUCUGAGUGUGUUUUAAUUUGUGUAUUUCUACCAGUACUGGACAAAAUAGGUAUUGAUGGUGUGGACUGUGUACUUAAAAAAUGGGUUCAAUUAAUUAAAGAAUAUCAGGGAAGAAAUCAAAUAGAGAAAGAGAGAGGGGAGCUGGGAAUGGGGCAUGGCGAUGGCAUGAUGUAUGAUCAUUGAUCAGCUUGUUGGUUUUGGUUUGGUGAAGCUGAUUGCAGAGAAGUGAUGAGAAAGAGUAGGAGAGAGGGCCGGGAUUGUUUCAAUUUAGUACCAGUAAAAGUAAGAAAAUAGGCAAAAAAACAAUGGAGGAUCUUUUUCGUGGGAAGAGAAACCUUAUAUCAAAACCCAAGAUAGAAAACGUGAAGUUGAUUGCUCUGAUCAGUGGAACCAGUUUGGACUCGGGACAAAAAACACAAACUCUCUGGGAUUUUCUUUUGUUUGUUUUCUAGCAAUAGUAGUGCUGUUUAAGCCUUUCUCUCCUCAGUUUGAUGGAAUUUAUGAUCAUAUCAAAUGCAUUAAUUAAGAAUGGUGACGACAUACUUGUUCGUUUUCUUCUUGUUGUUGUCGUGAUGUUACACUACCAUCACCAACGUUGUAAUCUCAGGCUUCUGAUUAGUUUCUCCCUUCCCUUCCCUUCCCUUCCCUUCCCUUGUUUGUUUCUUUUGUUUUUCAUUUAUAUUUAAAAAAAUGAGUGGAGUAAAGGAGAGACUAGAAAGAAAACCCUAAGGAGGCUGGCAUGUUCUAGCACGAGAGAAAGAGAGAAACAGGUUGUUUUUGUUUC